CGACGCUUUUUACGGCACCCCCGGCGCUUUCCGGCAGCGCGGGGGGGGAGGCAGCGGAACGCCAUGAAUUUCUACGACGCUUUUCGGGGCUUUUUCGGAUUCUCCGGCCGACACAGGCCCCGGGAUCCGCUCUUCGGUGGCUCGGCCUGGGAUGAGGAAGAGGAGGAGGAGGAAGGUGACGAUGGCCACGGCCCCUUCAUGGCGCGGCCUCCCCAGGAUUUCGCCUUCAGCUUCGGUUUUAACCCCGCUUGGUCCCGCGGUGCCUUCGAGGAGCUUUUCCGGGACAUGAGCGACCUCCUGGGGACCUUCGGGGGGGCUUGGGCCGGACCCCCGCAGCCUCUCGACCCCCCCCUGCCCACCCCCGGUGAGGGCGGCGCGGGGCGGGCGCUGCGGGAUUCCAUGCUGAAGCACCCAGAGAGCCCCGAAACCCCCAGACCCGACCCCAGGGACCCGGCCCGACCCUGGAGACCCUUCCUGAGGCUGGAAGACCCCAGCCCAGCUCCUCCUGCCCUCAAGGAAGAUCAAGAUCUGGACUCCCAGGUGUCCUCCGUGGGGUUAGGAACCAUCUUGAGACCCCAGGAGCCCAAACCCCACUCCUACUUCCAGAGCGUCUCCGUCACCAAAGUGACUCUCCCCGACGGGGCAGUGGAGGAGCGCCGGACCGUGCAGGACAGCCAUGGGCGCCGGGAGACCACGGUGACACGGCGAAGGGGGGACCAGACCUUCAUCACCAGCACCAAGGAGGAUGGGCAAGGCAAGGACCACCACGAGGAGGUGCUCAGCGUGGAUGAGCGCGAGCUGGCGAAUUUCACCGGAACGUGGCUGCUGCAAGAGGAGCUCCGGGUUCCCGACCUGAGGGAUCCCUCAUCCAUGUUGGGAAGCUUCUUCCGACGCUGGUUUUCCAGCUGGUAGCUGUGCCCCCUUCCCACCCCACCCCAGCUGAGCAGCCUGUAUGUGUCACAGGGGUGGUGGGGUGGAGGGGGGGCUGUGGGCAGCAACCUCCUCUCACCCCCUCUUUUUGUUUGCAGAUGGGUCGGAUCCUGCUGGGGGCUGGUGCCCAGGCUGGGGGCUGCCUGCCUGCUGGGGUGCUGCAGAGAAACCCCCAGGGGGCCGAGUGUGUGUGUACAGAGCAAUAAAAUCUAUUUAUGCUAUUUAAAAAUCUA